UGGCUGGCGAGGCAGUAUCCGCACCCCGGAGAGGAGCAGGGCAAGCGGCCCCGGCCGUGACAUUUCCUUCGCUCGCAGCCCGGACCCCGAGAAUGGCAGCGCUGGGAGAACUAAGUAAGUUUUCACAAACGCUGAAUGGAAUUCCUUCUUCAAACACAGUCAGCAGUGGAAUGGAUCCCUUUCAUGCUUGCAGUAUUCUCCAGCAACUUAAAACAAUGUAUGAUGAAGGACAGCUGACAGAUAUUGUAGUGAAAGUUGAUCAUGGGAAGACAUUUUCCUGUCAUAGGAAUGUUCUUGCUGCAAUCAGUCCUUAUUUCAGAUCUAUGUUCACUAGCGGCCUUACAGAAAGUACCCAGAAAGAAGUUCGUAUAGUUGGUGUUGAAGCAGAGUCCAUGCAUUUAGUAUUGAACUAUGCAUAUACCUCCCGAGUAACGCUGACAGAGGCCAAUGUCCAAGCUUUAUUCACUGCAGCUAGUAUCUUCCAGAUCCCUUCUAUACAGGACCAGUGUGCUAAAUAUAUGAUCAGUCAUUUGGACCCACAAAACUCUAUUGGGGUGUUUAUCUUUGCUGAUCACUAUGGUCAUCAGGAACUCAAAGACAGAUCACAAGACUACAUUCGUAAAAAGUUUCUGAGUGUCACCAAAGAACAAGAGUUUCUCCAGUUGAGAAAAGACCAACUCAUAAGUAUACUGGACAGUGAUGACUUAAACGUAGACAAAGAAGAGCAUGUUUACGACAGCGUUAUAAGAUGGUUUGAACAUGAACAAAAUAAAAGAGAAGUGCACCUUCCAGAAAUAUUUGCCAAAUGCAUCCGAAUGCCUCUGUUGGAAGAAACAUUUUUAGAGAGAAUCUCUCCCAUGUUUGCAAAGGCUAUAGCCAAAAGUUGUGUACAGAAGGGACAACCUAGUGCCAAUGGGUAUACACAACGGCUUGGAAUGACUGCUUCUGAAAUGAUCAUAUGCUUUGAUGCUGCCCACAAACACUCAGGAAAGAAGCAAACAGUGCCUUGUUUAGAUUCAGUCACAGGGAGAGUGUUUAAACUAUGCAAACCACCAAAUGAUUUGAGGGAAGUUGGAAUUCUUGUGUCACCUGAUAAUGAUAUUUACAUUGCAGGAGGCUACAGGCCAAGCAGCAGUGAGGUCUCCAUAGACCACAGAGCAGAGAGUGACUUUUGGAUGUAUGAUCAUUCUGGCAAUAGAUGGCUACCUAAGGCUCCUUUGCUACGAGCCAGAAUAGGCUGCAAACUGGUUCACUGCUGUGGUAAACUGUAUGCAAUAGGUGGUCGUGUUUAUGAAGGAGAUGGCCGAAAUUCACUAAAAUCUGUGGAAUGUUACGACAGCAGAGAGAACUGUUGGACAGCUGUCUGUCCAAUGCCUGUAGCAAUGGAAUUUCAUAGUGCUGUGGAAUAUAAAGAGAACAUCUAUGUUUUACAGGGAGAAUUUUUCCUCUGCUAUGAUCCACAGAAAGAUUACUGGGGUUUUUUAACCCCAAUGACUGUGCCUAGAAUCCAAGGCUUGGCAGCUGUAUACAAUGACUCCAUCUACUACAUCGCUGGAACCUGUGGAAAUCAUCAGCGUAUGUUUACCGUAGAGGCCUAUGACAUCGAGCUAAAUAAGUGGACUAGAAAAAAGGACUUCCCAUGCGAUCAGUCCAUUAAUCCGUAUAUUAAACUGGUACUCUUUAAAAACAAACUACAUUUGUUUGUCAGAGCCACUCAAGUCACUGUUGAAGAACAUGUUUUCAGAACCAGCAGGAAGAAUUCACUCUAUCAGUAUGAUGAGGAUACUGACCAAUGGCAAAAAGUAUAUGAGACUCCAGAUAGGCUUUGGGAUUUAGGCCGGCAUUUUGAAUGUGCUGUUGCUAAGUUGUAUCCGCAGUGUCUUCAGAAAGUUAUUUAAUUUUAUUUGGUAACAAGCCUUAGUGAUUUCAGUGGUAUCUGAUGUUAGAGAAAACAUGUCUUAAAAGAAAA